AUGGCCGCACUACUAAUCGACAGCCUCCGGCGCUUCGGUGAGCUGGCUCUUUGGGGCUCUCUCAGUGUCUUCGUAGGCGUACGUACCGCCAUCAGCCCCUGAAGCCAACCACGCUGAUUUCCAGCAGGGUGUUGUCUUUGCCAUAUUCAAGGUCCUUUACAACAUCUCACCCUUCCACCCACUGGCAAAGCACCCAGGCCCCUUACUAUGGCGAGCCUCCCGUCUGCCGGCUUCAUACCAUCAUGCCACAGGAAAUCUCUACCAGCGCAUCGCAGCCAUGCAUGAGAAGUACGGCGAAACAGUCCGGAUAGCGCCAGACGAGCUCUCCUUCACAAACCCGGAAGCAUGGCCACAGAUCUACAAUGCAAGACCGCAGUUGCAAAAGACAGACUAUCACUUCUCGCCAAAUGGAGAUCUCAGACUCCCUCCCAGCAUGAUCACAGCACCGGAUGCGGAGCACAUGCGCCUCAGACGCUUGGCUGGUCCAGCUUUCCUCAAUUCCGGAGUUGCAGAGGUCGAACCGGUCUUGCAAGAAUACACAGAUCUUCUCUGCAAACAGCUCACCGUUGCGAGCACGGAGGGCUCACAAAACAUGGUGGAGUGGUUCCUCUGGACGCUCAAUGAUGUUAUUGGCCAACUCGCUCUGGAUCAGGACUUCGAGUGCUUGAAACUGAGACGCAUGCAUCCCUGGCCGCAAUUCAUGCUGAGAGUUCUCAAGCAAGUUGCGACCAUCACGCAAUUCAGACGAUUUCACAUCCCUCUCAAACCUCUGAUGGCACUCAUGCCCCGGCGUGCUCUGGAAGAACGAAUGAACUUCUUCCAGACCGCGUUCUCUGCCAUCGCAAAGCGCCUUGCCAAGGAAAACGAAGAGCAGGCUGCGCCUGCUAAUGGUAAUACAAAGAAGCGCGACAUCGUGGGACUUAUGCUACGGGAAAUGAAGAACGGCGACCGACUCUCGGAUGCUGAGAUCACGGCAAAUUCCAUCUUGGUUGUCGGCGGAGGUGCGGAAACAACCAGUACAUGCUUGAGCGCGGCUCUUUACUAUCUCUGCAAGACACCACGAGUUAUGCAGAAGCUGAAAGACGAGAUUCGUUCGACUUUUGCUUCGAGCGAUGAGAUCACCCUCAAGGCUACGGCGGAGUUGCCCUAUCUCAAAGCCGUGAUCGACGAGUCACUGCGUAUCUUCCCAGUUGCAAGCUACAUCACGCCAAGAGUCGCACCAGAAGGGGGCCAUAUCAUCGACGGGAAAAUCAUACCCGGUGGAGUGAGUUGACCCGACCAGCUGGAGAAAUUUGCAGCUAAAUUCCAGCAGACAUACGUUUCGAUGGGUCAAUGGUUCAUGGGCCGCUCCGAUCGCUUCUUCGAUAACGCCAAGGAGUUCAGACCGGAGCGUUGGACGGAUGCACAAGUGCAGAGCGUCUCUGGGAAACGAGGCGAUGAGAUUCUACGGCCAUUCAGUCUGGGGGUAAGCCCUUGAGCAAUCUUGCAUAUGAGUCUGAGACUCUGCUAACGUUGUUUCACAUUAGCCUCGAAAUUGCAUUGGCAAGCUGUAAGUACAUUGAUUCUCGAAAGCUUAUGAUGACUGCUAACUCCCCUCCAGACUUGCACUGGCAGAAGCACGCCUUGUAACGGCCAAGUUGAUUUGGCACUUCGACCCGGAACUCGAUGGCGAUCAUUCCACCUGGGUAGAGGAUGCUCGAUUCUACGUAAGUCAGCAGAGAGACGAGCCUAGAUUGUUGACGCUAAUAAGCUGUCUCGUAGAUUCUCUGGCAACUGAAGCCUCUUCAGGUCCGCUUCACGCCCAUACGAAACUGAUGAAGGCCUGUAGAUCCACAUUGCGGCAUAACGGAUCGGCACCAAGAAUAGAUCGGGCGCUCAUGAUUAUAACAUCCUGUACUGUCACCGAACGAGACGAAUGCUCGAACCUCAUCAUUUCCCACACGCUGGUCGGCUUUGCUUCCCACUCAUUGAUCCACGCUUAGAGAGAACGUCUACUGAAUUCCGUGAUGACGCUUUUCCGCUGACCUGAAGCAUCCCUAGAACAUGAUCCCUGGCCUGGUCAAGAGAAAGGUAUCUCGGUAUGUAAAUGGUCCGACUUCCGUCGGUAUGGCGAAUAAGUCCGGGUCCACGGCGACGAAGAUAACGGAGUUAACUCCUUUCUGGAAGAACGUCCCUCCGUUGAAAAACGACAAAGCAAUACUUGAUUGGACGAAAUGUAAGCUGCCUACCAGCUGAGACUAGCACAUAGAGGCAAACGGAAUGACAUAACGCAGCCUCGGAAAACUCUAUAGGUCGGCGCCGGAUCCUUCAAAGUAUAUAAUAACAACUCGAAGUGAGUGAUGGCGGACUUCAAGAAUUUCAUCAGCAUCAGCGAACCACCAUACUGUAUACUCGGAUAAAAAGUCAGACGUACUCAAAUAUGGCAGCCACGAGAAGCAUCACGCUUGUCACAGGAGGUGCGCAUAAGAUACCCAUCACACGCUGGAUCGCGCUGACUGUCCGCAGCCAACAGCGGAAUCGGCUACGAAGUCGUCCGCCAGCUCAUUGGCAACAAGUCACGACAUGUCCUUCUGGGUAGCCGCUCGGCCGAGAAAGGCGAGAAGGCGGUGAAAGACCUCCAGUCCCUCAACCAACCCGGCACCGUGGAGCUCCUUGAGAUAGACGUCAGCAACUACGACUCCGUCAUCAAAGCGGCCGAAAAGGUCACCAAAGAGCACGGCAAACUCGACGCACUCGUCAACAAUGCCGGAGUUGCCACGCCGCCCGGGGACGCGCCUCUACAUGAGCAGAUGGAAAUCUGCUUCCGCACCAACGCCAUCGGAGCACAGAUCGUCGGCGACGCAUUCGGACCCCUACUGGAGAAAUCCACCGAAGACCACGCGAGGAUCGUCAACGUCUCGAGUGGAGCGGGAAGUAUGACGAUGCGUCUGGAUCGGAGUAACCCUUUCUACAAACGCAGUUUUAUCCAGUAUCGUGCUUCCAAAGCCGCGAUGAACAUGGUCUCCACCGGCAUGGUGGCUGACUACGAGGACAAGGGCUUCAAAGUCUUCACGUACUGUCCCGGCUUCACGGUGUCCAAUCUGAGCGGGUUCAAUAAGUUGGAAAACGGAGCGAAGCCGACGUCCGAGGGGGCUGCUCCGAUUGUUGAGAUGUUGAAUGGCAAGCGUGAGGGCGAUCAUGCCAAGUUCGCUCACGCGGAUGGGCAUUAUGCGUGGUAG